UAAUUGAGAUGCAGGCAUGGGUUUGUGAAGUUGACUAGUAUUAUUAUUCUUAAUGACAAACCGUUUACUCUCUUCUGCUUUCCCCGCAACUCACAUUUCAUCGAUCACUGAAUCUGGACGUUACUGAAGCAGCCUUCAAUUACCACUUUAAAACCGAACACAAAACCCAAACCCAAACUCAUACCAUACAAGAGAGAAUCCAAAAACUUUUCAACCGUGUUCUUUGUUUUUCAGUUCUCUUUCAAACAAAACGACGUCGUUUUUCAACUUUCGUCAACUUCCACUCUAUCAAAUCACCGUGUUCCUUAAACGAUAAAACCGUGCAAUUUUGAACUUGUGGUUCAGACCAGUGAAACAUCCAGUUUGUGUAUUGGAAGCUCUAGUUCAAUAUGUCUUCUGCAAGCAAAGGUGACAGGAAGGCUUCCCUUGAUGCAGCAUCAUGGUUGUUUAACGUAGUCACAUCUGUGGCAAUAAUCCUCGUGAAUAAAGCCCUGAUGGCCAAAUAUGGUUUUAGUUUUGCCACAACUUUAACUGGCAUGCAUUUUGCCACGACAACCUUGUUGACAGUCAUUCUUAAAUCAUUGGGAUAUAUACAGACGUCUCAUCUUCCAACAGCUGAUAUCAUCAAAUUUGUCUUAUUUGCAAAUUUCUCCAUUGUUGGCAUGAACGUGAGUUUAAUGUGGAACUCUGUUGGUUUCUAUCAGAUUGCUAAGCUGACUAUGAUUCCAGUAUCUUGUCUCCUGGAAGUUGUCUUAGACAAUGUGCGAUAUUCAAGGGACACAAAGCUCAGUAUUUUAUUGGUUUUGAUUGGUGUUGCGGUCUGUACAGUCACCGAUGUCAGCGUCAAUGCAAAGGGUUUUAUAGCUGCUGUGAUAGCAGUAUGGAGCACAGCACUGCAGCAGUAUUAUGUGCAUUUUCUUCAGAGGAAGUAUUCUAUUGGAUCAUUUAACUUGUUGGGCCACACUGCACCAGCACAGGCAGCAAGUCUACUGCUAGUAGGCCCCUUUAUGGACUAUUGGUUGACAAACAAACGAGUUGAUGCAUAUGACUAUGGUUUGACUUCCAUUUUGUUCAUCAUUCUGUCUUGCACUAUCGCAGUAGGGACAAAUCUCAGCCAGUUCAUCUGCAUUGGUAGGUUCACGGCUGUAUCAUUCCAAGUCCUUGGCCAUAUGAAGACUAUUCUGGUCCUUUUCUUGGGAUUCAUCUUCUUUGGAAAAGAGGGCCUAAAUAUACAAGUUGUUCUAGGCAUGGCAAUUGCAAUAGCGGGAAUGGUUUGGUACGGCAAUGCUUCUUCUAAGCCAGGGGGGAAGGAACGCCGUAGCUUAUCCAUUCCUACCACUAAAACACAAGAUUAUGCUACACUGCCUGUGUCCUCUGAAUCAGUUGAGGAGGUAUAAAAAAUAGUAAGGAUCAUGAGAAAGGAAGUGAUUAAACUUUUGGUGAAGUCCAUAGUAAAUUCGUGCGCCCUUUAGGCGUGCUGAUUCAUUUUCUUUAUACCUAGAGGGAAUUCCCCAUUAUUUAUAGAUCAUAUUGAUAUAUCUCUGCCGUUUGUGUUAAGGAAUUGUUUGGGAGGGAGAGAAGAUAACAACUUUUUUAGGAGGAUCUGCAUUAUGUUCCAAAUUUUUUAUAAUAGAAAAUAUUACUGUUACUGUUUCUUUUAUAGUAAAGAGUAAUUCCAUUUAUGUC